ACAAUAUUGCUAACGACCGUUACAGAGAUACAGUAGGCACUAUACAGAGACACAGUAUCAAGCAGUCGUGUGCCGUUAUCGGUAGUAUCAAUUAUUCCUAAUCAUUGUAACAGAAAAGUGCUAUGAAGAUCUCAUGCGAAAAUUUUUCCUAAAGUUGGAAACCGACGGAGAUUGUUGAAGUAAAUUGAGACUGUUUAUGAAAUCACUUGGCGCAAAUACGCAACGAGUACCUAAUCGAUAUUAAAAGAAGAAAAUUUUUGACUAAAAUUGAACCAAAUAAUUUGCCAGUUCCAAAUUCCUGAAUUGUGAAGCUUUAUCGAAGUAUUUUAGCUAGUUACCCAAAAUAACUGUUGAUUCUUGGCACAUAGAAAAAAUAAAGAUAAGAACAGAAAAAGCUAUAUACAUACAUGUAACACGUAUAAUAAAUUUAAUGAUUUAUCCUUCAAUUUACUCGAUAUAGAUAUAUAUAUAAAUAUAUUUUUAUACAUAUAUCAUAGAAUUGGAAUUUUGUCACAAUGCGUACAGUGUUAUUUGCGAUCAUCAUCGCUAACAUUGUGUGUACCUUCGAUGCAUUAAUGUUUCUUGACCAAAUAUUUAACAGCGUGACUGAUGAAAAUAUAAUUGCUAAUGUAUCGACAGCGGUUGUAACAUAUGUAGAAUUAAAGGAUGUAUCUAGUCUAAAAGAACCAUCGUAUAUAAAUCAAUAUAUAGAGGAUAACAAAGCAUUUUGUAAUAUAAAUAUUAAAAUGAUAACGACCUUACUUGCAAACGGCGCUGAAGAAGGAUCGACAAUGAAUGAAUUGAUGUCUUUUUCGAAUAUUGCUGAUAAAAUAUCUUUAAACGACAGAUACCUAUCUGAAUUUACUUUUUUAAAUAGCAUCAGAAACAUCGAAUUAUAUGUAGGAACUGCAAUAUAUGUUCAAAAUUCAGUUGAUGUAACAGCCGAUUUUUCAUCAAAAUGCAUAAAUACACUUCAUUGUUCGAUUUCAAAAAUAGAUUUCAGAAAUGACAUGCAAGCUGCAGAAAUUAUAAAUUCAUGGGUCCAAAAAACAACAAAUUUUCAGCUGUUAGACGUUAUUUCUCCAGAAAAUAUCGACGAGAAUACAAAAAUUAUGUUGGUAAAUACUGUGUACUUCAAUAUUAGAUGGCCAUACGUAAGAGGAAAAAUAGUGAAUCGUAUAUUUCAUGUUUCUCCAUCAGAAAUGAUUGAAGUUCCAACAAUUAAAUUUGAAAAAUCGAUGUUUAUUUGUGGUGAAAUACCACAUUGGAAUAUCAAAUUCAUUGAAAUUCCAUCUUUAAAUAACAAAAUUACAAUGUUUAUAUUUUUACCAAAUAAAGAGACAGUACCUAGAAACCUGGAGUACCUGAUAGAAAAAUUUAACUUUGAAGAAUUUAAAUCAAUUAGAAAUACAUACUCAUUUGAGCAAGCUACGGAAUUAUAUUUACCUAAGUUUACGAUUUACCAGACUAACAAUAUGACAAAUUUGUUUCGUGAGAAUGGCGUAAUUACGAUGUUUGAGGAUAAGGCAGAUUUUACACGUCUCUCAAAAAUUCCUCUAAAAGUGAGCAAUAUCGCUCAAAAGAUUUUUGUGAGGGUUCGCAAAGAAUCCUCAGAAACUUUAGAAGAUUUUAAAAGGGGAGAAAGAAAAUUGGUAGAUCCGCCGCAGGAGUUCAUCUUAGAUCGUCCGUUUUUGUACCUAAUUGAAAUAAACGGAAAGAUGGAAUUUAUUGCAGCCGUGCGAAAAGCAGAUUUGGUAAUUAAGAGACGUGAAUUAUAAAUUUUAUUAUAAAUAUAAAUUAUUUUAUUAUGGAUUAUAAGUUCUAUUACAUUCUUA